CUUUUUUUAGGAAAGUGAGUAAAUAUUUUUCAAAUUAUUUUUUCAAAUAAUGGAUCGAAUAAAUAAGCGCGAACAGGCGUGAAUAAAUUAUUUCAUACAGCAGCAUUUAGUAUGUGAUUGUUUGUAUAUUGUUAGCUUGAUGAACUUUAAUUUAAUGAAUUAUUUAAUUUGUAGACAAUGAAUAUGAGAUUAAGUGAUUGAAAGUAGUCAUUAUCUGUUUUUAUAAUAUUCUUUUUUUCUAAAGUGAUCUCUUUUUACGACGAUUUAAUAAAUAAAUUAAAUACCACUUAUCAAUUAUUUAAGGAGAUUGUCAUACUUUACAAAAAAAAUUAUUAAAUUUGUUGCUGUGACUAACGAUCGAUUAGUGUUGAGAGGAUAUACAGCCACGCAAUCCUCUCAGUUCGCACAGAUUCGCAAACGUGUGUAUGUAUGUGCGUAUAUACGUAUUGAGGUACACCCCUUGUAAGGGUGAACAGUCCAUCCGAGCAUGCGCCAGGCUUCCUCUCCCGUCAGAUACUAUGAGCGGUGGUGUCUACGGCGGUGACGAGGUAGGUGCUAUCAUCUUCGACGUCGGACACCAGAGCCUCCGCGUGGGAUAUGGCGGCGAAGACACACCAAAGGCCGAGAUCCCAACGACCCUCGGAGUAUGGGGAGAAUCCGUCGACCCCAACGGGAUUGACUGCAACAACGUUACCAGGAAGCAGUACAACAUCGACGUCACGGCGAUUCAAGUGCGAAAGAAGGAUAUGGAGAUAGUGAGCUUGAUGAAGGACGGCAUGAUUGACGACUGGGACAUGUUCGAGCGAUUGACUGAGUACACGUACAAACAACGACUGCACGCCUUAGCCGAGCAUCAUCCGAUCCUGAUGACUGAAUGCCCGUGGAACACUAGACUGAAGCGUGAAAAGUUGCUGGAGCUGAUGUUCGAGAAAUUCAACGUACCAGCCAUGUACAUUUGCAAAAAUGCUGUACUGGCCGCUUAUGCGAACGGUAGGUCUACGGCAAUGGUCGUGGACAGCGGUGCCACGCACACAAGCGCGGUGCCGGUCCACGACGGUUACGUUAUCACUCAGGGGAUCGUCAAGAGUCCCUUGGGCGGUGACUUCAUCACCAUGCAAUGUAGACAAUUCUUCGAGGAAAAGGAUAUUGAGCUGGUACCGGCUUGUCUUGUCGCCAGCAAAGAUGUGGUACGAGAGAGAGAUCCACCUCGCUGGACGAAACGGCCAGGACCGCAACCAACGUCAUCUUGGUUGAGCUACAUGGUGCGAGAACUGUUGCAGGACUUUCAAAUGAAUUGUCUGCAAGUGUCGGACAGUCCCUACGACGAAGACAUGGCGAAUACUUUGCCUAUGAAACAUUAUGAAUUUCCGACUGGUUAUAACGAUGAUUUUGGAUCCGUGAGGCUUAUGAUACCCGAAGCUCUUUUUGACCCUAGCAACGUUAAGGGCGUGGGCGCGAGUAUUUUAGGGGUUGGUCCUCUGGUCACCACGAGUGUCGGAAUGUGCGACAUGGACAUCAGACCAAGUCUGUAUGGCAGUGUGGUAGUAACUGGCGGCAACUCCUGUCUUCAGGGAUUCAGCGAAAGACUGAAUCGAGAUCUAGCUAGUAAGACUCCGCCGAGCAUGAGACUGAAAAUAAUCAGCGCGAAUAGUUCGAGUGAGAGACGUUUUGGUGCCUGGAUUGGUGGCUCGAUCCUUAGCUCCUUGGGAUCGUUCCAGCAAAUGUGGCUGUCGCGUCAGGAGUACGAGGAAUCCGGCAAACUUAUUUUGGAAAGAUGUGCAUAAUUCAAUAAUGGAGAAAUUUACAAAUAACGGUAUGAGAAACACGAACGUUUUUAAUAAAAUUAUCUUAUUUCGAUUAUUGUUAAUAAUCGCCUUUCAAAUAACACAAAAGAUAUUUGAGAAACUAGUAAAUUUAAAUGAAAAUUUGUCUAGAAAAUUAGAAUAUUUUUUCAACAUUUUGUACAUUUUUGUAUUACUUAGACAUUUUUAUCAUUUUCAUGUACUACUAUAAAUAAGAGAAUUCAUUAAUUUUUACUCUGAUUGGAAAUACUAAUCAAAAGCAUACUCUCUAAAUUACAAUCAGUGAAAAAUCAGUGGAGUCAGUGAAAAUACACCGUUUUUUCAGUGAUAUACUUGUAACUUGUUAAUCAGUGAAAUAAAUGCACUGAUCUUUUAGUGAUUAUACGCUAAUCAUAUUCUUCUGAAGUAAAAACCACUAAAAGACAGUGAAUACUUAUUAAUUAUCACAGUUAGAAGUAUAUCACUGCAAAUCAAUGAUAAUACAUUGAUUGUAAUUUAGAGAAUAAAACCGUAUCACAUAACAUAGCGUAGAAUUUACACAACUUACUUAUAACGUAAGCCAUUAUGCUAUGUUACGUGUUAUAGUCUUUAUACAAACAUUAGAAACGAUUGACGUAAUAACGACGGUGUAACGCAAGCCGUCCUCGUGAGCAACAACCAUCAAACUCAUUCUGAAGCGCCUAAAAAUUUAAGGAUAUUGCUAAAACGUAAUUAAUAUACUAAAAAAAGAGUUUAAUAAUAAUUGAUCCUAAAUAAUAGUUACUAAACUUUGGCAAAAUAGUUUUAAUUAAAUAUUCAGUUUUAGUUAAUAUAGCUAAAUAUCAAAUUUAAUAAUAUUUAUAAUAACCACUUGGUAACUAGUUGAUUAUUAUUACUAUGUGUGUAUUGAUUACUGUUAAUAUAAUUAUUAUAAAUUGAUUAUUACCAAACUCUUUUUUUUAUUAAAAGUAGAUAGUGUGCUAAGGUUUCCUCGUAAGGCAGGAAUGAUAACUUUUCAUGACAAAGGAUAUUUCCUCGUAACCUUACGCAUCUAUAAUAAUUAGAAGGAAGUGCGAUUAAUCAGAAACAUCUUGUAUAACACAUAAAUCUCAAAUAAGCAAUGUUUAAUCAACAAUUCGCUUAGACGCCAAUGUUAAGUAGACGUAUAACACGCGCGGCUUAUAAGAAGUUACAGUUCCUAAUUGUUCCAUGAAUCUUCCAUGUAUUUCGUAUCUUAGUAGAAAAGAAUCACUUCCCAUUCCAUACGGAAAAAAAGAUUAGUUACAGUUAAUUGCAGUAGGAAAAAUCAGUAUGUGGUAAUUAAACUUUAGCUGUAUUCAAUUAAAAUUUAAUCACUACAUAAAAAUUCUUGCUGUUGCAAUUAAUCUUUUCUUUUGCGCGUGAAUAGACACAAUAUAAAUUUAUUAAGCAAUGGACUUACCAGAUAUUUAUUUUUAUUAAAUAUUUAUUUGCUAUAAACAAAAAAUACUUGUUUUAUACAUCGAGAUGAUAGAGACAUAUCCAUAUCGCAAUUAUUCUCGUUCUAAAUUCUCCUCAAGAAAGGUAACAUUAUCGUAACGUAGUAAAAGUAAUCUCUAGCAACAUAUAUUCGCUGUUUACGUCCUACUAAAUGGUAGUAAAAAUAUCAUCACAUACGAGUCACGCAUUAUUUAAUCUUAGAACUACAUACAUGUUUUUAUAUACGCGGAUUAUAUACGGGUCUUUCAAACCCGGUUUGAUAUUUUUAUAUAUAACUCUGGUAAAAAAGUAUAUUUUUUGACAAAUCUUUUUUCAGGUGAGUAUCAAACACUGUAGAAUGUGAUCAUAAAAUCAUAAUUCUAAUUAACUUGCUAAAUUAAAAAACAAAUAUUAAAACAUGAAGAAAUGACUCAAAACUCUUCUUGAGUCUCACAAAUUCAUGUGUGUAUGUGUGUGUAGUUCUAAGUUUAAGAGGCUGGCGUAGAUAUUUUCAUAAAGAAAUAUUUCUCGAACUAAAAAGCAAUCGAUGAACUGUAAAACAGCAUGGACAAUAGCACAGUUUAAAAAGCAGCAACUUAAAAUUUCAUAAUAUAAAUCAAUUUUUAUUUCUCAUAUUGCUUAAAAAUUUUAAUUACUACUUUGUACUACAUAUAUUUUACGACAUUAUUAUUAUGUUUGUAAUUUUUUAUACUGAUAAAAAAACGUAUAAUUAUUUGUUACUAUUAAAUGUUAUACAAAGAUUGGACCUUUGAAAACACACUGAGUUGCUGCUUUCUCGGAUUGUAUCGUCGAAACAAUCACAUACUCUCAAGAUAGAAAAAUAUUUAUCUCAACAGCUUUAACGGCCACUUUAUUAAAAUCGAUGUAAAUGUCUAUAAUACUCACAAUCACAAUUUUUCAAUCAAAAUAUAAAAAUAGUAUCGAUAUAUCAAAGUAGAAACGUUGUAGUUUGAACUAGUAAUUUUUAUAUCUAAUCGCAAGUGAAGAAGGAGACAGUAUAAUCCAAGUGCAUUAUUUCUAAUUCAUCGGUGAGGUCAAUUCGUUACUGUGGCUACUAAUACUGAGAUAACUUCUCGAGUCUAUGAGCAUUCAAUAUCGCGAUGAUGCGGAAUCGCUUACGACGUAUGAAAAUACUUGACCAUCUCAUUUCGUCGAAGCAAGUAUGGUAACAAUAUGAAAAUCUAACUAACAAUAAUUUUAGAGUAUGUCUACGGUAUCAGGAAACACUAAACCACGAGACUACAGUACAAGUCCAAAUUUAGAUACAGCAUUGUAAAACAAAUAGGCCUACAGUAUAUACAACGCAGGAUAUACAAUUACUUCGGAAUAGAUUUGUUUCAUUCCGCAGCGAAAACGCAGAUGGUACAAUUCAUAUAUUAUAUGCUACGUCGCUGUAUAAUGUAUUAUGUAUAUUUAAUGCGACAUGUACUGCAGUGUAUGCCCUGUUCCUAAUAUUUUAAACGUUUAUAUCGAAUAAAGCUCGAACAUUUGUAAUACAUUGUAA